GCAUCCUCAUCGAGCACUUGUCAUACCACACUCGAUACUUAUUUGACAUUGCGGAACUGUAAAGGCGAACCGAUUUUUAUUAUUUCCAUGUGAAUAGCAGGUACACUCUGGAGGAACCCGAAGGCUAUUGAAUCCUGCCAAAUCAUCGACGCAAUCCAACUCAACUCUUCGACGGAACCUCAUCACCCACCAUGAGCACCCUCAAACACAACCAACCGCCACCAUCAAAACAAGAUGAAGACUCAGAAGAGGAAGACUACAUGAGCAUGACCUUCGCCGAUUCCUCACUGGAUCCCACCGUCAACAGCGCCCAAAACGGCGAGACCUCCCUCCAGCGGCGGCUCCGCCUCAAGCGCGAGGCCGAGGCCCGCGCCCGCCCCAAAUCCAAAGCCGAGCUGGCCGCCGAGGAGGAAGCCCGGCGCGAGGCCGCCCUCUCACAGUCGCUCCUCACGUCCCAGCCCAAGAGCAAAGGGCUGGCUAUGAUGGCCAAGAUGGGCUUCAAAGGCGGCGCGCUGGGCAAGCAGCCACAGCCGCAGCAGCAGCCGCCCAAAGAACAUGAACAACAACAACAACAGGACGGCGAUGGUGAGGAGGAGGGCGGGGUUAAGGAGCAGUGGCCGAGGACGGAGCCAAUCCGGAUCCAGAUCAAGGACGGGCGGGAGGGGAUCGGGCUGGAGAGUGAGCGGAAGAGGAAGAUCAGAGAGGCGGCCGAAGCAGCGGGGGAGAGGGCGAAGCGGGCCAAGGCGGAGGAAGGGGAGUAUAGGGAGCGGAUGAGGCGGGAGAGGGAGGCGGCGCGGCUGGAGCGGCAGGUUAUGGCGGGACAGAAAGUUGCGGAGCGGAUCGCUUUGGAGAAGGAGGACGAGGAGCAAGGGAGGGACACAACGUCAUCACGCCCGCUGAAGGCCGUACCCGUUGUGUGGCGGGGCCUGGUCAGGGCGCGUGAGGAGGCCGAGAGGGAUCGGAGGAUGAGAUAUGACCUCGAGCAGGGCCUGUCGCGGCUGCCGACGUACGAGGAUCCGGAGGAGGACGAGGAUGACAGGAAGGCGUUGGGCAAAGCCCGCACAACGUAUGUUGCCGCGGAGGACUUGGACGAGGAAGACGCGGAAUUGGACGAGUUCAAUGCGCUGCCGCCGGAGGAGAGGCUGCGCCAGGUGGUCACGUAUCUGCGCGAGGGGUACCACUACUGCUUCUGGUGCAAGUUUGAGUAUCCCGACGAGAAGAUGGAAGGAUGCCCGGGAUUAACAGAGGAAGACCACGACUAAUUUGCGGCUGCCCGAGCUAGACGCUCUACUGCGACCAUGCACACCAGAGAGCCAAGAGCAGCGAGUGAGGAGUCGCCCGUACGGGC